AAUGUGAACAACGGCUGAUGGGGACAUUUUGAAAUAGCUAGCGAAAUAGCUAGCUAGCUAGAAUAACGUAUCCUACGGUUUAAGUGGACUAAGUUCCACUUCACAAGUUAUACGUUGUUUAUUACGUGUGUAUUACCUAUGCAUGUUAAAUUAGGGUUAAAAUUAAUGACGAUGUCAAAAAAGUCGGACACUGGAACAAGAAGAGUAUAACAUUCCCGGCUGUAGUUGAGUUCCUGUCCAUGCGCAGUCGUCUAUGAGAGUCUGACUGUGGGGCUCUGCACUCAACUAGCAUGAAGAUGGCCGACUCAGAGAAGUCCGAGGACUAUUUGGAUUCUGAGAUCCUCCCCGAGUGUCCUUCGGAAGAGGGCUCCUCAGGUGCCGCAGUCAGAGGGGAGCAGGACGAGACACUGAAAACAGAGACGACGACCACCACUAGCUCUCCGCCUGGGGAGAAGGAGGCGGACAGCCCCCUGCAGACGGAGGGCGAGCCGGGCCUGCUCUCCAUGCCCUGCCUGAUGAAGGAGCUCCGCAGAGACUCCCCCGAGUCCCAGCACGCGUCCACGGGCAGCGAUACAAAGCCCACCGCCGGACGCGUCUACGAGAGCGACUCCUCCAACCCCUGCAUGCUGUCCCCCUCCUCCAGCGGCCACCUGGCCGACUCAGACACGCUGUCCUCGGGGGAGGACGCUGCGGACGCCGGGCACGGAGGAAGGGAGGGGGGAACCAGGGACGGUGGGGCCGACCCGGGGAUGGCAAUAGGCGGCCAGACGGCAGUGGCCGUGUCGGGGGGGCGCAAGUCUCGGCGCUCGCGCUCCGAAAGCGAGACGUCCACCCCCAACACGAUGGCCGCCAAGAAGAACCGCUGUCAUCCGUCUGCGGCGGCGGCGCCCGGUGCCGGGCCGGAGAAGCAGACCAACGGGCGCCUGGCAAAGGUCAAAGGUCACCGGAGCCAGAAGCACAAGGAGCGCAUGCGUCUGCUGAGGCAAAAGAGGGAGGCUGCGGCGAGGAAGAAGUACAACCUGCUGCAGGACAGCAGUACGAGCGACAGCGACCUCACCUGUGACUCCAGCACCAGCACCUCCGACGACGAGGACGACGAGGCUGCCGCCGGCAAGACAAUCAACACAGACAUCCCAGCUGGCUUCAGCCGUGCGGAGGGAUCCGGAGUGGGCGCUCCGGUCCACGGCCUGCUGGACGGCGGCCCGUGGGACCGGAACAGCAUCGGCGGCGUCCUGGAGGAGGCCAUGACGCGCUUCGCCGUGAUGCAGCGGCAGACGGAGGAGCGCUUCCGCGUGUGGAUGGAGAAGCUCACGCGCCUCGACUCGGAGGACGACGACGACGACUCGUCCAAGCACUCGAGCGAGCCCCGCGAGGGCGGCCGCCGCCGCCACCACCGCCACCACCGGGGGCCGCGCCCGUCCCCGCCCAGCUCCUUCCUGCCGUCCUCGGAGUCGCAGGAGACCAUGACGGCGUACCUGUUGGCGCGGGAGAACGCCAGCCUGACGCCCGUGCCCCUCAACAACAACAACAACCUCUUGCCGGAAGUGGCCACUCAGAACGGAAACCUGGACGUGUCCGACCCCGCCCUGCUGAACGUUUAGGUCUCCCCCGGUCGCCCCGUCGUCGUUGUCCUUGUUGACGUCGUCUUUUUGAUGUUGGUGUCUGGCAGGGACGACCUCCAGUAGGGUGUUACUGUUUUUCUGAAUGGAUCCCGGUUUUCGACAGCGUUGCAUACACGACCGUAAGACCCAGUGGUGGAUCUGGUCUGACCUCCCACUCCACCAGGUGGGAGGCAGAUCUCUCACCCUGCCCGUGGUUAGACUGUCCUCAGCCUCACCUUUUGUGCUGGCUCUGCUCUCGACGGCGCGGUGUUCCCGGCUUUAAUGAGGAUUUUUAUUUCGUACAAGUUUAUUUAUAGACAUAGUAUUUGAUGCCAAACCGACAUACAAUCAGUCAACUUCAUUGACGUGGAGUUGGUUAUAUGGGACUCCUCUCCGGUCUGUGCAGGACAUCUGCUGGCACUGUGAAUCACUGUGUGAUACAAAUAUGUUGGGAUUUUUUAUGUUGGUUUUUGGGGGAAAACAGUUCGCUGAUUCAGUCAACAAGGCCUAAAGACUGGUUUCUAUGGCAACCUAUGAAGCUAAUUCCUCCAAUCUGACAAUAAGCAUCAGGCUAGGUGACACGGGACAGUGACACUUUCUCUCUGUCAGGGCUCUUCAUGUAUUGCUUGCAGUAUGAUCGAUUCCAAAAGUUUACAUGUUUACCAGCUUCCACCCCCCCACACGCGCACACACACACACACACACACAGUCAGCUCAUGUUCUAGAGAUGUGCAUUACAGCACCCAGUCAGCCAGUAGGCAGGGAACUGCUGCUUCAUAGCAUGUGCCUUGUGUAGGUGGGGAAUCAUUGUGCCAUUGACUCUCUGUGUGUCUCCUGAGAAACCAUAUGGAACCAGUGGAUCUGAAUCAAAGACUGGUUAAAUCUUUCAUAACCUUUAUUUUGGUGGCAUAGCUUUACUAACACCAAACAUGUAGCCUACUAAUAGUAAAUAGCUAAUUGUAUUCUGAAUGCAAUAUUCCUAACCCACACAAUUUCUUUAAUCAGAUUGGAUGUCAAACGUACAACAUCUUUUAGCCUAUGUUUAGAAUGUGAUUCUUUUUCAUGCCUUUUUUUUUUAUUUCCAUGAUUGGCCAUUUAGAUUUUUAAUGUGUGUAUUAAUGCAGUAUUGAGAUGCACAAAUCAUCAAGGAAACCUGGCUGUUCAUGUGUGGCUCAAGAUAGCUUCACAUUUGUCAUGUUGUACUGGUACUGGCUAUUAGCUGCAAUAUAAAGAGCCUCAAAUGUCCUUCAAUACCGUCAAGUUCACGGGCCGUGGUCCACUGUCUGUCUGUGGCCUCAUCAGUGCUUGAAGCAAAUGCUGCCUCUUUGAGUUGUCUAGUACCUUACCCAUCGAACUGAAACCAGGUCUUACACCAAGUGACCGAGUUGUUCCGCCAAUAGAACAGACUGGCCUUUACAGCGCAUGUUGUCUAGCUAAUGUUUACCAAUUCACUGAAACAGAGCGGGUGGAAAAAGUGUCCUUUCUUUGGUUCUUUUCACGAGCGGUUGAGACCCCACCCCUCCAGCUAGCGUUAGAUAGAUAGGAGGCAUGGGGUGCUGCAGAAUCUGACCUUCACCAUACUACCUAGGUUCUAAACCCAGCACCUGGCCAACAGGGGGGAACAAGGUCGUGGAAUGUCCGGAACGUUCUGUACGUCGGAUGAAAAUGUACUGCUCCGUGUACGGACCAGACCCGCAGACAAGUCCUGGGAGUUUGGUUCCUCUUGUCUCUUAUUUUCUUUUUAAAGAUUUCAAUUCUGUACUACUACGUCACUACAUCAAGUUAUCUUCUGUGCAUGUGGUCUACCUGAUAGUUGUGUAAAUAUUGGUAUAGCCUAAGAGCAAACGGAGAGACGUUUUCCAGGAGCACGCGUGCAAGGCAGGCGGUGCUGUCUGGGCUGCUGUUCCUGGCCCAGUGGGUCAGCUGCAUCACAUUUCUUGGGUUUGUUUGAUGCCUUCAGGAUCUUCUGUCUGUUUCAUCUCUCGUUCCCUUUCUGUCGAAUUUCAGCAAUGUAUGAAAACUGCUUCCAUGUUUAGCUCGGUGGAGCCUAGCUCCGAUUUGAUUUCGAUUGAAAAACAUUUGUAAAAGAUCUCUGCCUGUUUUCACGCGUCGCAUUACGAUAUCCUAGAUAUAGCGGUCUUCCAUUUUUGUUUGAUUGAGAUGAUCAUGUCCCUCACACGACUGUAGUAAUGCUUCAUCUUUCUGACCACUGCUCACAAAAGAGAAUACUGUACGACAGUAGAGUUACGUUUCUCCUUUUGAAUCAUUAGAAUUUCCCAUAGAGGACAGGCUUGGUGUUUACCAAAGAGAUACUCUUGGUUCAUAUGUGGUCUUUUCUAUCUUCACUAGCUCCCCAGGUUUCACUCUGGGAAGUAGUUGGCAUCUACGAUAACAUAGGUGACCGCGGUCAGUGCCAUCCACCCUGUUGACUCUGCCUUGACUCCUUCCCACAAUGCACUGCUCUCCGCCCCUUUUUCUGACACGCGCUGUCCAGGUUACCUCAGACAUGUGCUCAGUAUUUGGGCUGGAGUGUGUGUGUGUGUGUGUCACCCUCCCUAGAGACUGCCCUGUAGGGUACUACAGACAGGGGCUUCAUUCCUAAUACACCCCCUGGGCCAUUCAGUCGACACCCUACACUCCUGUGCAUGUCUGAAUGCAGAGAGGAAACAUUUAUAGGGCUCAGGGGUUUGUUUAGAACGGAACCACACACUCAAAGCACUCCCCCCCCCUCCCUUCUACCAAGGAGUCAACAUGACAGGCAGCUAGUACUCUUACAGGCUAAAUACAGGCCAAGGUCAAGUCUAGUUCUGACAUAUAUUUUUGAUUUCCUGGUCGUCCAACUACUGCUGCAUCUGCAUUGACUUGCCUUAUUGUAUUCGCAGUGGAAGAUGACCUUCUGUUUUUGUAACGAUUGCAUCCAGUAGGAGUUGGUUGUUUGAGAAUGGCUGUUAUUUGAAAAGCAUUAAAACGGAGACCUAAAGAACUGUCUUGUGGUACAAUUUGUGUGCUCGGAAAACAAUUCCCAGGAGACUUCAAUGGUGUCCCCCGUGCUUGUGAGGACAUGUUUGUAAAUAUUUCCACCCCCUCAGGAAAUAAAACUGAAAUCAUGGGUACAAAGUUUUUUAUAUAUUUUUUUACUGGCCAGAAGUCAGUUUCAUUUUUGAAACACCUAGGUAAGAUCUUGCUGGUUGGUCGGUGGUGGUGGUGGUGGCGUGGCGGCGGCGAAGCAAAGUUCAGCCCACUAACCACAUGGGCGACUAGUACAUGAUAAACACCCACACCUAAUUAAACUACCGAGAGCAGCGUGUUUCUAUUCAUUUGCAAGAGCAUUCAUUUCGAUAGGGGAGCCUAGCCCCCACGACACGGCUACAGUGAAACAUCGUCCAAUACAAAGAGGACACUGAGCCCCUAGUCAAGGCCAUCUGUGCCACCUCAUUUGAAUAAUGCAGUUGUUUGUGUGUGUGUGUGUGUGUGUGUCUU